GGCGUUAGCGUACUAGAUUACUGAUUAUAGUAUUGUAGACCACUAAACUCGUAGAUGCUUAGAUUUUUAGAAUUUUAGAACGUCACUCUCUGAAUAUUUGAUAUUUUCAAUUUUGCUUUUGCUAAUCUGCUCAUUGUCAAUUGUCAUUAUUGAUCAACGAACAUGGGACUUUGAAAUUAUUUGUACAUACCUAUUCCCCCUUGCUUUAAAGUCGGCAUAGUAUUUAAUAAUUAUAGUAAACAGUAUUAAGUAUUAUUGAACAUCAACAUAUCGAUCCUAUUAACCGUCUAAGAAUACAAUGUUGUACAAAAUAUUUCAUCAAAACAUUUUCGAAGUCAUAGACCUGAGUUCGGCUAUGUUCAUGACAGCAUCGGUUCUCGUCGUUGGAUACGUCUGGACGUGUAUGCGAGCGUCUCGCAGGCAGAAGAUGCUCGAGUUAGAGAACACACCGCACAGGGUGUUAUUGAUCACAGCACAUCCCGAUGAUGAAUGUAUGUUUUUUGGUCCAGUCAUACAGAAGCUGUCAAAAAUGAAAGAUGUACACCUUUUCUUGAUGUGUCUGUCCGUUGGUGACUAUGAAGGUAAGGGAUCACAGCGCAAAGCUGAACUGUACGAUAGCUGCAAGAUAUUGGGCAUUGAAGAGGGAAAUAUACUGUUGUGCAAGAAUACUUUGCUUCCGGACAACCCACGAGUGGACUGGGACACAAUUUUACUGUCUGAUAAGAUUGCUGAGCAUGUAGAACAAUUAGAAAUCGAUACUGUUUUGACAUUUGACAGUUAUGGUGUUAGUGGUCAUCGAAAUCAUAUAUCAAUAUACUUAGCAUUAUUCCAUUUGGUUUACAACAAAUUACUUCCAAGUUAUGUUUACAAUUUAGACUGCCAUUUAUAUUCACUGGAUUCAGUCAACACUUUACGGAAAUAUGUCAAAUGUAUUGAUGUGUUAUUCAAUAACACCUCAGACUUUAAAUGUACUAUUUCAACAACAGAACAAAAUUGUGUUACAAAAGCAAUGCAAGCACAUGAUUCUCAGUACAUUUGGUUCAGAAAACUAUAUAUGAAAUUUUCUAGAUAUACUAGAGUAAACACCUUUACUACCAUUUCUGCUGAUUAACUUUUGACUUAUAAGUUAUAACCAUAGAAUAAUAUUAGGUAGUUUUUAUUUAUUUAUGCAUUUAAGUAGUUCAUGACUGUGAUAAUUUAAUUACUAUAACAGUUUUAUUAUUUCUCUUUAUUGGCAAUUAUUGUUGUUUAUUUAUUUUUUUGUACAGUUUUUAUCUUCCAAAUAAUUAUUUAAUUGUUGUAAUUUUGUAAUUAAAAAUUAAAAUUCCAAAAUGUAAUACUGAAAUAAAUUAUGAUUUUGUUUUAACCAA